AUCCCCGGUUUCAGCUCGGGACUCGGGGAACCACACCAGGCUCGGAUCACAAGUGGGAUCUGCCUGGCUGAGGAGCUGCGCCAGGAAUUCCACACGGCAGGAAGCAGCAGGAAGUGUGUGGAGACACAAAUCCUUGUUUUACACCUUUGCUCUUUUUUCCUUCUCGUUUCUUAGCUCCAGUGAAGGUGCUGGAAAGGGGAGCCCGUGGGCAGAGGAAUGCGUGCAGGACACGCUGUGCCACCAAGAGGCCACCUCACCUGAGAGGAGGAAACCCACAGGUCACUGCUUGGGUCCGAAAAGUGGGAGAAAAAAAAAACCACAAAUACAAGAGAAACAGCAACAACAAUUAAAAAAAAAAAAACCUUCAUUGAAGGCGUCAGUUGGAAAAUCCGCCAGUAACGAUAUUUCCUGCAGCAGCCCCGCUCCAGAAAAGCUGUAAUGAUUCACAGUGACCCAUCCAAGGAAAAGCAGGAUACCCGUGACCCACCUGUCAGCUCUGGGCAUCCUCUGGACGAGCUUAAAAGCACCAGGAAGGAGAAGAGUUCAGCCAGAACCGGCUCGAAGGAGGAAAAUCGGGUCUGGCGUGGAGGGAGCAGCUCUUUGCCCAAGGAGCUCCGAUGGUUCGCUGGCUGUACCUGUCCGGGCUGGUGCUUGCCGUGCUCGUCCCGGCCGGGGGGCAGGUGGCUCCCCAGGACCUGCAGGACCUGUCCAGAUGGAAGCUGCUUGGACCCCAGAACUCGCCGAGCUUCCUGUCCCACGUCAGGCGACACUCGGAGGGGACCUUCACCAGCGACUUCACUCGGUACCUGGACAGGAUGAAGGCCAAGGACUUCGUGCACUGGCUCAUCAACGCCAAGAGGUACAACUGACGGCAAAUCCAGGCAGCGCCUUUCCAGCCUCAUCCAUGCAGGAUUGUUGGAUCUCUCCCUCUCCGGCCGGGAUCGGGAGAUCCCCGGGAAGGAUCCGUGGAUCACACUCAGCUCCUGGAGCCAGCCCGAGCUCCCCGGGCACCUCCUCCUGAAAUCCCCACGGAGCAGCCGCCCCCCCAGACCCGGCUCCCUCUGCCUUCCCUUUCCCUGCUAUUUUCCCUGAAUGCCAAUAAA